AUGACCUGGUCACAUGACGCGCAAGGUUGUUCAAAAUCUACUUACAUCCACCAACGCGGCGCUUUGAAGCAAGAAGAGUCAGAAAGGAUCUGCUUCUUCAGCGCGAACCCACGACCGGGUUUCAUAUUCGACCAUGCAGCUCCACGGUCAUCGCAGCUGCGGGCUCGUCGCUUGAAUACAGCUUCAACUACUAGACGGCUGUCCACCUCGGCACCACGACGCGCAACUGUAGAAGCUGGGAUCCUGAAUCUAGGUGUAUUCUGGCCGAGAUACACCUCCACCGCUCUGAAGAUCCAAUCCGCGAGCUCGAAUUGCAUAGCAAGGCACAGGAGAGCAGUAUAUGGAGGAUCGUUAGUGGCACAACGGGCCGCAUCCGCGGGGUCCAAAAACUGGCAUCAGAAGCUCUGGGGUGUCACAUCGCUGCGAGGAGGGAGACCGCUGCGGCCAGACGAUUUACCAGCUUCCCUGCGAGGGAAUGAAGAGGAAAGCGAUAUGUCGAUGUUUAGUCUGGGCCGGCAUAUAUCUGCAAAAGCGGCUGCGCAGCCGAGGCUGAGGUGUACAGAGUUCGACGAACAUGGGAAUGUGGUGCUGGCGAGUGGGGAGUUCAAGAAGAGCGAGCUUAUUGCUAAAUAUGGACUUCUUCCUCGCGAUCUUAGAAAGAUUGACAGCAGUCUUCUCCCCCAUAUCCUCGUUCGGCCGUCCGCCAUUUUAAUUAACCUCCUCCAUCUCCGGGUUCUUAUAAAAGCCAAUCGCGUGCUGGUCUUUGAUGCCUACGGCACCACAGACUCUUACAAUCAAUCUGCUUUCAUUUAUGACCUUGAAGACAAGCUCCGCCAGAAGCAAGCCUCGCCCCUGGCGGGCGGACUUCCCUACGAGUUUCGCGCCCUCGAAGCAGUGCUCAUAUCAGCAAUUACAAGCCUGGAGAAGGAAUUCGAAGGGGUAAGGAAACCAGUCGUUAGAGUGUUGCGAGAAUUGGAAGAGGACAUAGACAGGGAUAAGCUGCGGAAACUGCUCAUCUACUCGAAGAAGCUGGGUACUUUUGAGCAGAAGGCCAAAUUGGUCAGGGAUGCUAUUGACGAGGUUCUGGAAGCAGACGAUGAUCUUGCGGCUAUGUACUUGACUGAGAAGAGCCAUGAUUUGUUAAGAGGGGAAGACGAUCACACGGAAGUCGAGAUGCUGCUGGAAUCUUAUUAUAAGCUGUGCGACGAGAUUGUGCAGGAGUCUGGGAAUUUGGUUUCGAAUAUUCGUAAUACGGAGGAAAUCAUAAAGGCCAUCCUAGACGCCAACCGCAACUCCCUCAUGCUCCUGGACCUCAAGUUCUCCAUCGGUACGCUCGGUAUCGGCUCGGGUGCCUUCAUCGCAGCCCUUUACGGCAUGAAUUUGAAAAACUUCAUGGAAGAAUCAGACAUUGGCUUCUGGGGUGUCACCGGUUGGAGCGUAGUCUUCACCGGUAUCGUAUUCGCGUACGGGCUCACCAAACUCAGAAAGGUGCAAAGAGUCAGUAUGUGGGGCGAAGGCGGACGGAGAGGCAGGAGUUGGAGAGACGAAGACGUGGUUCAGAGAGACUUGGAGAGUGAGAGAAUUAGUAGGCAGCGGCUGAGACGGCUGAAUGAGGUGCGGGAGAAGCGAGUGGAGAAUGUGGGGAUCGGGGCUUUGGCCGCGAAGAGUAAAUGA